AUGACCAACUUCGAGGAAGCUUUCGUGUUCCAAUACCAAGAACUCCAGAAGCGGACCACUCAUCUUCAGCAGAUACAGGCGUCGAAUCAGUCCAUUGAAGUCGUUCAAAGAGCUCAACAAGAAGUCAUGCAAUUCGAUAGCGCGAUCAAAGGGAGAGCAAGAGAGCUGCAUCUCGAGAGACUUAAUUUUGUAGAAAAUCUCAGCAAUAGCCUGCAGCGUCUCAGCGUGCUCCGACACGUGAUCAUCGAUAAACAUCUGGCGGAUUGGCAGCGAGCGCAACAGCUCGCCGGCAACGGUCAGCCCUUCGGAAACAACCUAAACGAGAUUCAAGAGUGGUGCGAAAUGCUGGCGGAUAUUGCUUGGCAGCACCUUCAACUCGUUCGGAGACUCGAGAUGCUCCUCACAAAAAUGCCAACGACGGGGGGAGCCUCCCUGAAGGAGAAAUUCUCUUCGUUAGAGUCCCAGAUAAAGUCCAUCCUCUCCGCCCUCGUGAGCGGCUCGUUCGUCAUCGAAAAACAGCCUCCCCAAGUUAUGAAGACGAACACCCGCUUCCAGUCUACCGUGAGGCUGCUUGUCGGAGGACGGCUUAACGUUCACAUGUCACCUCCUCAAGUGAAGGUCUCGAUCAUCAGUGAGGCCCAAGCGUCGACGUUAGCGCGCAGCGAGAGCUAUCCUUCAAAUGAGGUUUCCGGGGAAAUCCUCAACAGUUACGGGGCCAUGGAAUACCAUCAGGCAACGAGGCAACUCGCUGUCUCGUUUCGGAAUAUGUCGCUGAAGAAAAUCAGGAGGGCCGAAAAGAAAGGGAGCGAGAGUGUCAUGGAGGAGAAGUUCUGUCUUCUGUUCCAAUCGGUCAUCAAGGUGGCCAAUAUGACUUUCUACGUGCAAACUCGCUCCCUUCCGGUUGUCGUCAUUGUCCAUGGGAAUCAAGAAUCGUCGGCAUGGGCGACGGUCACCUGGGACAAUGCGUUCUCCGACAGCCUGAGGAAACCUUUCCUCGUCCCCGAGCGGAUCCCCUGGCACAAAAUGGCCGAGGUCCUCUCUACGAAAUUCCGCGCCUCAACAGGCGCUGGACUUUCGGACAUCAACCUCCACUUCCUUGCGACGAAAGCUCUCCGCAAACCCAACAUAGGACAUGAUUGCGGCGACUUGUUGCUCAGCUGGUCUCAGUUCUGUAAGGAACCUCUUCCCGACCGGAAUUUCACUUUCUGGGACUGGUUCUACGCAAUCAUGAAACUGACUCGGGAGCACCUCAAAUCCCUGUGGGUCGAUGGGGCCGUGUGGGGUUUCAUUGGUCGGCGAGAAGCCGAAGAGAUGCUGCUGAAGAAAGCUGUCGGCACGUUCCUGUUGAGGUUUUCGGACUCCGAAUUGGGAGGAGUGACAAUCGCCUGGGUGAACGAGAACGAGGGUCUCAAGGAGAUCCUUAUGAUCCAACCCUUCUCUGCGAAAGAUUUCCAGAUCCGCAGUCUCGCUGACCGAGUGUCAGAUCUACAGAACCUGUUGUACCUCUACCCCGAUAUACCGAGAGAUCAAGCUUUCCAGAAGUAUUACACUUCAAGUCUGGAUAUCUCGCACGGAGCCACCACCAACGGCUACGUCAAGCCGCUGCUCAUAACUCAGCUACCGGGUAUCCAUCAUCUGUCGCAUCUGGACUCGAAUCCGGCAACGCCAGCAUCGUUCUACGCUUCUUCGGAGUCCAACAUGUAUGCUCCGCGGAACGACGGAUCGUACGAUGCGAGCUCUAUGGAGCUUUUUGCACAGAACCCCGGACAAGCGCUGAAAAGACAACGGGAGGACUUCAUCCAACAGGUGUCCAACUGGCAAGCUACCGCCGAUGUCGGGCACGAUCAGACUUGAGAGCACUGUGAUUUUUGAGAACAGCCCCUUAGCUGCCCAUUUUAAUCCGCGCGUUCUUCCAAGAUCUCAAGGGGAAGACGACGACUACAUAUUAUGUCGAAGAGUCCCUGUGGAGAGCUACAUGUUUUUCCUGGACUGUUUACGGGAGAAUCUAUCAUUUCCAAUUUUUCUCAUGACGAUUGGACUCGUCCUCUCGCGACUCAAGUGCCAAUGCGUCGUUCGACGCGUCGUCGUCGAUUGCCGAUCGACGAAAAGUUUUUCCGCAGUGUUCCUACCACAAAC